AUGGCCUUCAACGUUACGUGCCAGCUGACGGCCGGCGCUAACAGCAGCUCCGCGCUCGAGCUGCUGCUCCCGUGCAACGCCACCGGGGGCCCGGACGCCUGGCCGGCGGGCGCCCUCGCACCCGACGGCCGCCUGUGGAGGUACACCACCACGGCGGUGUGGAAGGACACGGCGCUCGGCAUCGUGCUGGCCUGCCUGUGCCUCGUCACCUGCGUCGGCAACGCCAUGGUGCUGCACGCCGUGCGGACCAACAAGGAACUGCAGACGGUCAGCAACUUCUUCAUCGUGAGCCUGGCGGUGUCUGACCUGGUGGUCGGGACGGGCGUCAUGUCGCUCAGCACCGCCUACAUCCUGGCGGAGGAGUGGCGGUUCGGGCUGGCGCUCUGUCAGGAAGUGGGGACGGGCGUCAUGUCACUUAGCACCGCCUACAUCCUGGCCGAGGAGUGGCGAUUCGGGCUGGCGCUCUGUCAGGAAGUGGGGACGGGCGUGAUGUCGCUCAGCACCGUCUGCAUCCUGGCGGAGGAGUGGCGAUUCGGUCUGGUGCUCUGUUAG